AUGGCUUUCCAUGUUAGAUCAAACAGUUUUCCAUCUAAAUCUCAUCCAGCAAUUGCUAAUGUUGAAGAUAAUAUUUGCAGGCUUAAGUCCUUGAAAGAAGCAUCAGUAUCAUCUUCUUCCAUAUGCACACAGUUGGUCAGCCUCAGAGAUUUGCACGAAGAUAUUAAUAAUUUGAUUCAACUUCAAUCUGUCCAGCAAGCCCUUACCGAUGAAACUUGUGCCAGAGAGUUGCUUGAUGGAUCUCUGAAGCUUGUCGACAUUUGUGGAAUUGCUCGAGACGUUAUAAUUUUGAUGAAGGAAUCUGUUCAAGAUCUCCAAUCGUCUUUGAGGAGAAAUAGAGGCAUGGAUGCAUAUAUGGCUUCAAGGAAAAAGAUUGACAAAAUGGUAAAAAACUGCAUCAAAAAUUUGAAGAAUUUGGAACAAAGCUCUGCAAACAAGGACAACAAUCUUAAGGCCAUUGCAACCGUUCUGAAAGAAUCACAGGUCAUUGGCUUUUCCAUCCUCAAGUCUGCAUUGACCAUUUUUGCAUCAAAGCAAAAAACUUGGUCCCUGCUUUCCAAGUUCACCCAAUCAAGCCACGUACACUCUGAAACAGAAGAAGAGAGCAAUUCUCAGGAAUUGUAUGGCUUGAAUAUCAACAAAUUGCGAAAAGACAUGGACACAGUAUCUGUGCAAAAUGUCACGAAGCAGUUGAAUGCAUCAGAAAUGACCAUCCAGGAACUUGAAGAGAACUUAGAAGCCUUCUUUAGGAGUUUACUCAAAAUUAGAGUUUCUCUUCUUAAUGUCCUGAGCAACUAG